UGCUUUUUCGACGUCUUCUCUCGAGCCUAAAACAGCAGUAGAAUGAAAUUUGUCUACGCUUUCGCCUUCCUGGCAUUGGCCUUUGCCGUCUCAGUCCAUGCAGAAUGCGACCCUGAUGGAGAUGGAAAACCCACCUGCACUACUGCUAAUGAGGGUGACAUAUCACGUAACUUCUGGGAUCCAACUCGUUACUGGGUGUGUAAAGAAGGUGUUGCUACUUCGGUACGGUGUCCUGAGCAAACUGGUUUCUUGACCUCUGCUAAAGACUGCGUGCCAUGGGGCCAAUGGACCUGGGUACCACCAUGCGAUUCUUAAUUUUUUAGUUUGUAGUAUUUUCGAUUCGGUCUAUUGUUCAGCUCUAAAUAAAUAAAUAUGUAUAUAAUGACAGCUUAAGAA